AUGCCUCCGAAUGGAUCAUCAUUUGAGACCUUAAAUCUUCCACCGACAUUCGAGCUACCUCAAUGUAUGGAAUAUUUCACCCUCCGGGCCGGCCCAAACACAGACCUGUGGCGCAAACCACCAAAUGGAGACACCUCCACAGCACCAAUUGUCUUCACGUCACUCCGGCAACCAUUUGUCGUAGCCGAGGUAACCGUCAGUGCAGACUGGGAGAUGGAAUGGGACCAAGGCGGACUAGUCAUCUUCGCCGGUGCAGCACCGCAGUCCUUCUCCGACCUCGAUGAGCCAGCCCGCUUCCGCGGCGCGCCUCGGUUCCCCUGCAAAUGGGUCAAAGCCGGCAUGGAGUUCUCGUCCGGCACGGUGAACGCCUCGUCCGUCAGCGCCACCGCCGACGGCGCCGACUGGUGUCUAUCACCACUGGGAUCGACGAAUGUGGCCAUCCAAUCGCUGCGCAUUAAACUCGAGCGGGUCGGCCACGCCCUGUGGAUCUGGUACCAGGUCCCAUCGGCUCUGCCCUAUACCUCCACGCCCGGCGCGGUGGGGAGUACAUGGAAGAAGCUGCGGGAGGUGACGUGGUUCUUUUAUGGGGUGGAGGACAAGUUCGUGCAUGUGGGUGUGUAUGCGAGCCGGCCGACGAGUCUGUCGCGUGGGGGAACAAUGUGGGAUGCGAUGCAUGGUAUGACGCUUGAUAGCUCGCUGCCGACUGGUUCGGAUGGGCUGGUGGUGGAGUUUGAGGAUCUGGAAAUCUUCUAG